UUCUAGACUACUCAUCCAAACAACAACAACAACAACACUUCUCUCAUCUUACCAAACCGUAUCCAUUCCGAUACCACCACCACCACCAUCAAAAUGCAGUUCUCUACCGCUAUCGUCGUCCUGGCUUCUGCCAUGUCUGCCUCUGCCGAGACCCUCUUCAGCGUCUCCGACUUCACUGCUGCGUGCAUUCCUCACAGCUCCCAGUGCUCCUACAACUUCAAGGUUCUCCAGCCUGGCACUGGUGAGACCACCGGCGUGACCUGCUCCGCCCAGAAGACCAGCGACGGCACCCUGCCCGCUGUCACCGACGGCACCUGCACCGACUCGGCCCGUACCUGGACCAUCUCCAAGCCCGCUGCUGGCGGUCUCACCCUGACCGUCUCCCAGCAGGUCUCGGCCGCCUCCAGCCAGUCCGGCAGCUACACCAUCCCGGCUUCCGACCUCACCACGUCCCAGACUGGCGCUAGCGUCCAGCAGAGCUACACCGGCCCCACCGCCUUCGACCUCUCCGACUAAAUUGGCUAAACUUCGAGUUUUACCUUUCUGAUGGGAUGGGAAGCUUUGCGGGAAGGUCGUGUUUGAGGGGAUGAUUUGGAUGGCGUGUAUAUAGAUGUUGUGAACCGACCGCAGUACAUACUAUAGAUCUCUUAAGGCUCCUUUGCCAUGUCAAUAAUAAUCAAGGUUGUCUCG